AUGAAGAAAGAACCAGAAGUACUCACAGACGCAAGCUUGACCGUGCUUGCUAGAGGCAUAGGAAAGGAGCAACUGAAAGGCUUAGAGAUAGCCAUGUACCUAAACAUACCAACAACCGCAAUCGUCAACAUCAUUAAUAGCACAACAACUGGCUUCCUCACAGAUGAAGGUUCCGAGGGUGACCGAAUCGCAGUGACCUCUGAGUGCCUGCAGCUGUGGAAGAAAAUGACCAGAGAAUCCAAGACCAGAGACAGGGUGAGAGACCUGGAACGAGCUUUGAAGGACAUAGGGAAGUCCGAGCUUGCAGAGCUUUUCGCUGAAUAUCAUCAGAGCGGGCAAGAGAUCAAUGAUAAUAUUUUUCAGUAA